UUUACCGUAGCACAUCCGUCGCUGCUGUACAGUAUACAGGGGCUAUACGUAUCUAGAAGUGUAUAAAUACGGGCACAUGAAUACAUGAUCCCCGCGCGGCCCCCAUCCAUGUGCUCUCUCUUAAUUGCUCUUUGAUUCGCCCUCUCUUAAUUGCUUGCCGCUACAGCUCUCCCAAGUCCCAACCCAAGCACACACUCUCUCUUGCCGCUCGAGCUCAUCCAUUCCGUCCGGCCGGCCGAUCCAUUCCACCAGUUUCGAAUUCCCGAUCCGUGCGUGUGCGGCGGUCGGUCCAAAACUUCAAAUUCUCCAAUCUCCAAUGGGCAAGAAAGGCGCCCUCGCCUCCAUCUUCUCCAGGCUCCUCGUCGCCGACGCCGACUCCCCUCCUUCUCCCGCCAGCAAGGCACCUUCUCCGCCGUGGCCCUGGUUGUCGUCGCCCUGCCGGAACCCGCAGACCUCCUCCUCCCGCGACCACCGCCGCGCCGUCACGAGGAGCCCCGCCGGCGCCGCCGCCGUGGACGACGACAUGUACAAGACGGCUAACUCCGCCUACCAGCUCGACGAGGACGACUUCCCCUGCUUCUCGCCCGACGACGGCGGCUCCUGCUUCGAUGUCGAUGAAGACGAGGAAUUAGUGGAAGACCACGACGGCGGGUUCUCGACGACGAGCGCGUCCGAGGAGUGGUGUUACGCGUCGGAGGCGGUGAUCCGCGGCCUGGGCCGGGCCGGCGGCGGCCGCUUCUUCGUGGACCGGCCGGACCCGCUGGCAUCGAACUCGAUCCUGGCCGGCCCCCCUUCCUCGGCGCCGUUGCCGGAGAAGAAGAAGGAGGAGGAGGAGGCGCGACCGUCGUCGGCGCUGGUGGAAGAGAGCGUGGCGGUGGCGGUGGAGUCGGCGGACCCGUACGGGGACUUCCGGGCGUCCAUGGAGGAGAUGGUGUCCGCGCACGGGCUCCGCGGCUGGGCCGACCUCCAGGAGCUGCUCACCUGGUACCUCCGCGUCAACGCCAAGCGCAACCACGCCCUCAUCGUCGCCGUCUUCCUCGACCUCCUCGUCGCCCUCGCCGCCGCCGCCGCCGAUGCACCGACCACGACGACGACGACGAUGAUGACGACGACGAGCAGUGGCAGUACUAGCGGCAGCGGCAGCACCAGCGCGUCCAGCAGCACGUGCGGCUGCGCUGGCGAUGGCGGCACUAGUGCGACGGAGGAGCAAUGCUGCGGCGGCCGCGGGGACGGCGCCGAGCGCUCGUCGUCGGGUGCUUCGGAGGGGGCCGUCGGCGAUGAGGCAGGUGAUGGCGGUUACUGUUCUAGAGUAGUUGAUUCCUGAUGCUCUGCUUUGGUGUUGCAUGAAUUGAUUGAUAAAUUAAUCAGGCAAUUCAUGACUUCAUGUUAAUUUAUUCAAAUCUCAAAUUAUACAAGCAGUAUUACUACUACUGUCUAGUGAUUCAUGGCACCGAGUUGGCAAGGUGGCAACUUCCCCUACCUUCUUCCCACAUGGCACCCAGCUGUUCUGGCCAUGCGCGGUGCCGGUGCGGUGCACUGUCUGCCCAUGAAAGCCGUCCCUUUGCCAGCCAAGUUCUUAGUGUAAUCGUGUGGAAGGCAAGACAAUGCAAUUGUACUGAUAAAUACCUUUGUUUCGGGGGUAAACAAAGGAGAUCAUUUUUACGGUA